UGUUUGUGAUCAAGUUUUUUAAAUUUGUUGUUAUUGCCAACCUACAUUUUCUUGUCAUUCAUUGUUUAUCGGAUCGAAAAGAUUCUCCAUUAUUUCCUAUUUUCAUAAUUAAAUACCUGUCAUUGAUUGAUUAUGGAAUUAUUGUGCAUUGAACAAGAAUAUGAACCAAUCGCUCUAUUCGAUUCGGUCAUUGUUGAUGAUGAUCGAACAUUAACAAAUUUAAUAUUCACUGAAGAACAUUAUCUAAUAACCGGAUCAUAUUUCAAAUGUUUACAAACCGAACUAAAUACCAAUAACCGAAGUGAAUUGGCAUCAUGGAUGCUUGAGGUUUGUGAAGCCGAACAAUGUCAAAGCGAAAUAUUUCCAUUGGCAAUGAAUAUAUUAGAUCGUUUUUUAGCAUUGGUCAAACUAAGAAAAGGUCAAUUACAAUUACUUGGUUCGGUUUGUCUAUUUAUUGCAUCAAAAUUACGGCAAUCAAAAACGAUAUCACCACAGAAACUUAUCUAUUACACUGAUUGGUCGAUAACAUUGAAUGAAUUGACUGAUUGGGAAAUUCUUGUACUUAGUAAACUAAAAUGGGAUGUAGCCGCCGUAACACCAAAUGAUUUUGUCGAUCCAUUAUUACGUCGUUUAUGUAAAUAUUCAACAUUAAUUGAUGAACAUCAGAAUCGUAUACGUAAACAAACAAUGAAUAUGAUUGACCUAUGUUCACUUGAUUUCAAUUUCUCAAUGUAUCCACCAUCAAUGAUUGCGGCGGCAAGUCUUAUAUCGGCCAUAAAUGAUUUAUUGAAAAUGAUUAAAACACAUUUUGUUGUUUAUCGUUCCAUAUCAUCAAAAAUACUUUAUCAGCUACAUGAAAUGACCGGUAUUGAAAAGGAAUUACUAUUUGAAUGUCAUCUGCAAAUCGAACAAACAAUUAUGAUGGCUAUGAAAGAAACUGAUGAAUCAUCAUCAUCAUCUGAUUCUCAUCAUCAUCAGCAGCAGCAGCAACAACAACAA